AUGUGCUGCGUCGCCUCCCACCUGCUGGCUGCCCUCGGAGGCAACCCCUCCCCCAGCGCCAAGGACAAUAGGAUCCUGGACAGCUUAGGCAUCAAGGCGGACGACGACCAGCUCAACGUGGUUAUCAGUGGGCUGAAUGGAAAAAGCAUCGAAGACGUCAUUGCCCAGGGAAUUGGCAAGCUUGCCAGUGUACCUGCCGGUGGGGCUGUGGCUGUCUCUGCUGCCCCAGGCUCUGCAGCUCCUACUGCUGGUUCCACCCCCGCUGUGGCAGAGGAGAAGAUGAGGAGGAGUGUCCAAAGAGUCAGAUGA